AUGGCUUCUCUCGUUGCUUCGCUGUCGAAAAGCUUCUAUCAGGUGCCUCCGUCGGCCGUUCCGGCAAUGCUUGAUUGCAUUCUGGUGUCCACGGGUUUGUCUCCAUCUUCGCUCUUCGCUUCGCUUCUCCAUGAUUUCCCUCGUCUUCUCAAGGAUGAUAAUUUUGAUUCUGCUAAACAUCUCCAUCUUGUAUCACUGUUGGGCGCAUUUUGUCACCUCCUGAAGAAAACAGGGGCUGAUAGUGACGCAUUACAAUCUUUUGUGUGGAGAUGUUUUGUUCCUUUAGCUAAGGUGCUACAGGGGUUUCAGCAUGACUUGCUUAAUCCGAUUACAGAAUUAUUCAUGGAUGUUGUGGUUGAAACUCGCACCUGGGAAGUUCUUGAAGCAACUUUGGUGCCAAUUUUUCUUAGAUCAGUUGGUCUUUCCUUGGGUAUGCUUCAUAAUGAUGAUUUGAAUUUCUAUGAAUGGAGUAGCAAAUCAUCUCACCAGGGUUCAUAUGAUGUCAACAUCGAUCCACUAAUGGACAAGGAACUGUUGCUGUCUUCGUCAUGUAGUUUCAAAUUGACAACAUCAUGCAAUGUUUUGUCUGUAAUUCUGGAAGUUUCCGUUCAGUUUCUGCGGACAGAUGCAGUCUCUAAAUCAGCAGAAAGAAACUGGUGUUUUGCAGAUAAAUUUGUUAAAAUUUUGAUUUGGGAAUUAUGUAAUAUGACUGAACGGAUGCUUUUACAUAGUCCAGAGCACAGGUCUUGUGCUGUUGCCUUUCUUCUUCCUACGGUUGACAAAGAGAGUGUGGUGAGGAAGCAGAGUUUACAUAUAUUGAAGAUAGCUCUGAAUAUACAAGGAGGAACCAAUUCCAUCUCUAACAUUUCAAAAAAGAAUACCAAUGGAAAGCAUUCAGUACCUCAUGGUGUGACAAAGAGGGAUCUAUGGGCUUACAAGGAAGCCAAGUCACUUGGUGUUGGGAAGCUUUCGACUUCAGAUGACCUUAUUUUCAACAGCCAGCAGUAUUGGGAUGCAUUUGUACUUUUAUAUGAGAUGCUUGAAGAAUAUGGUACUCAUUUAGUUGAAGCAGCUUGGAAUCAUCAGGUCUCUUUGUUGCUUCAAUUCUCUGGGUCAUAUCCCAAUGUUGGAACCAGUUUCAGUGAAGAUCAUAAAAAUCAAUUUGAAAUAUAUGGUGAGACUUUUGAUUGGUUAUCUAUUUUAUGGGAAAGAGGCCUUCAUCAUGACAAUCCUCAAGUAAGAUGCCUGAUCAUGCAGUCUUUUCUUGACAUCAAUUGGGGGAAUUAUGAGAACUACAUAAAAUCAGUGCGUGAAACUUUUGUUCUCGGUCCAUUUAUGCAAGGGUUGAAUGACCCAGUACACCACAAAGAAUUUGGUGUAAAAGGAGUUUAUAUGUCAAGGGUGAUUGAAGGUGCAGCCCUGUUUCUACGCCAUUACAUUAGUUACCUAGCUCCAAGGAAACACAUUGCAUUUUUGUGCAAUUUAGCAUCUACUGCUAAAUAUCAAUCUUUCGGACGAGCUGGACUUAUGGGCCUUGCUGAAUGCAUUGCUUCAGCUGCUACUGGAAUUGGAAUACUUAAGCAUGCCAGGACAGAAUCAUCUAAAGGCACUUCUCCAGUGGAAUUUGUUUCUGGAAUGGAAAAUCAAACUGACAAAAAAGAAUUACUGGAUGUUUUUAGAUAUGUUGUUGAGAGCAGCAAACAACAUUUCAAUCCCAGUUACCGUCUUCAAGGUUUGUCAACUUAUACCUUGAUUAUGGUUACAGUUUGUGGCAAAAUUCUGGAGGCUGCUGUUUCUGUUGUGUGUACAUAUGAUAUUCCUCUUGAAAUUCUUUUACUUUUCAUUUCAGCAAUGCCAAGGGAAUUUACAGAUUAUGGUGGUCAAUUAAGGGUGAAUGUGCAAAGAUGGCUUUCAGGUUGUGGUUACAAGGACAGCUGUGCCAAUUGCUGUAUGAAUGAGAUGAAGCUCUGGAAGAGUCUUUAUGACUUCCCUCAAAAUUUUGUCCGCAAUCAUCUUUCUAUUGAUGUUGCUCUUAAUUAUGAUGAUGAAGACUUGAGUGCAUGGAAUUUUGAAGCAAAUAGAUGGGCUAGAGUACUUUUCCUCGCAAUCAAGGAGGAACAUCUUAUGGAACCCAUUUUAAUGUUCAUUCAAGACAAUGGCACUAAUAUCUUGAAACAAAAUGAUGAUACAAAAUACUUGGCAGUCAAAUUCUUGAUUCUUGCCUCGAGCUUGCUUCUUGAGCUUCAUAGGACAAAGGAAAGAGUGAUUGAGUAUCAUAAUAAAGCCAGAACAGAUAUAGGGAAUGGCUUCCCUGUAGUAGAUGAUGACCUGAAUUUCACAGAAUACGUCUCUGAGAAGCUUGUUGAUAAAUUUCUUUCUUUAUUGGAUGAUCUGGUUCAGUUUGCAAACCAGUGUUGUUCUGUUUUAUGGUCUGGUGUUGUUGCAGAGGACACUACACUGCCUGGUGCAGUGAAAGGAAAACUCGGAGGUCCUAGUCAGCGAAGGUUGUCAAUUUCUGCUACAACUGCUGUAUUGCAGGCGGUCAUGUCAGUGAAGGCAAUAUCAUUAAUCUUGUUGUGGUGUAAACAAAUUAAAAGAGAUGCUCCACUUAACUCCGCUUUCACUUUUAUGUGGCAGUUCUUCUGGAGGACUACUAGAUCUCCACUCUCUAUCUCAGAGACGGGAGCAGAAAUUUGUCUUGCAGCAUAUGAAGCGUUAGUUUCUGUUCUCAGAGUUUUAGCUUCUACUUGCUUUCCUCAAUCUUUUUAUCUCACCGAGGAGAAUGAGCAAUUGUUUUCAGAGACAGAAGGCAGGCCUCAGUUAGAUUAUAUGUGUGUAUCUUUCAUUCAAAAUAUCAAUGAUCUCCUAGGAGCCGGAGUUUUGGCAAGAACUCGAAGGGCUGUUUUGUUGGAUAUAAAGUGGGCGUGCCUAGAAUCUUUGUUGUCAAUUCCUUCAUAUGCUCUCAAGAAUGGGUUUCAUUUGGAAGAAAACCAUGCUUUUCAUUCAGAUGGCACUCUGAGAUGUAUCUUUGGUGAUCUCGUCGAGAGCCUUCAAAAUGCUGGAGAAAGUUCUGUUUUAACCAUGCUGAGAUCAGUCAGAAUGUUAUUAGAGCUAGUUACCAAAACGACGUCAAGUGCAGUUGUUUCCCAUUGUCAUAUAAUAGAUGCGCAGAUGAUGUGGAAUUUGGUUCAUUCCUCUUGGAUAUUGCAUAUAAGCUGCAAUAAGCGAAGGGUUGCUUCAAUUGCUGCUCUUUUGUCAUCUGUUUUGCAUCCUUUGGUAUUUAAUGAUGAGAGCAUGCAUCAAACAGACAAUGCACCUGGUCCUCUGAAAUGGUUUAUUGAAAAUCUUCUCGUGGAAGGCACAAAGAGUCCUCGUACAAUUCGUCUUGCAGCAUUGCACUUAACAGGGUUAUGGCUCUUGAAUCCUAGGAUCAUAAAGUUUUACCUGAAGGAGCUCAAACUGCUAUCUCUCUACGGUUCAGUUGCAUUUGAUGAGGAUUUUGAAGCUGAACUAGCUGACAACAAUGAUGCAAGACUGGAGUUAUCUUUACUGGCCAGAAACCCUGAUCCUGAGCUGACUGAAGCAUUUAUUAAUACAGAGUUGUAUGCACGUGUAUCAGUUGCUGUUCUGUUUUACAAGUUGGCAGACUUGGCUAGUAUGGUGGGAUCACCAAAUGAAGAUGCAGAUUGCAUUGCGGCUCUAGAAUCUGGCAAAUCGUUUUUGCUAGAGCUUCUUGACUCUGUGGUUAAUGACAAAGAUCUUGCGAAGGAGUUAUACAAAAAGUAUAGUUCUAUUCAUAGACGCAAAAUACGGGCUUGGCAAAUAAUAUGUGUCUUGUCACCAUUUGUUAAGGAAGAUAUAGUUGCGAAAGUUGUAGAUUACUUGUACAUAUCACUUAAUAGAAAUAAUUUACCUGCUGUUCGUCAAUACUUAGAGACAUUUGCAAUCAACAUUUACUUAAAGUUUCCAUCACUUGUUAAAGAACAAUUGGUCCCUAUAUUGCGCGAUUAUGACAUGAGACCACAGGCACUAUCUUCCUAUGUAUUCAUAGCAGCUAAUGUCAUUCUCAAUUCAUCUAAAGAUCUUCAGUCUAGGCAUUUGGAUGAAUUGUUUCCUCCUCUAGUUCCAUUGUUAACUUCACAUCAUCACAGCUUACGUGGUUUUACCCAGUUACUAGCAUAUCAAAUUCUGCAUAAACUGUUUCCGCUGCUGAAUUCUGGAUCUUUUGAAAUACUACCAUUAGAGAAGAGGUGCUUUGUGGAUUUGAAAUUGUACCUUGAAAGGAAUUCAGAUUGUGCACGCUUACGAUCAUCAAUGAAAGGAUAUCUUGAUGCUUAUAACCCAAGUAGCUCUGCCACACCUGCUGGGAUUUUUAUCAAUCGAGUUGAGGAGGAUGAUUUUGAAUGCGUUCCAACAUCUCUCAUGGAGCAAGUUCUCAAAUUUUUAAAUGAUGCUAGAGAAGACCUACGGUGUUCAAUGGCAAAGGAUGUGGUGACUAUCAGGAAUGAGACUCUGAAGUUCAGUGGAGAUAAGAAUUACAUGGAAAAUCUCUCUGGUGGAAUUGAAGGAACCCUGCUUAAAGAUAUGUCUUCAGAUUUUCAGAAAAAGGUUACUCUUAACAAGCAUGACAAGGGGGACACAGAAGCUGGUUUCCUUCAUGGCAAUGACGAAACCUACAGAAAAAUGGCUGAGAUAGAAAGGGAUGAUCUCCUUCUGGACCGAUUAUUGCAGUCAAGAAGAUCAUCUCUAGAUCGAGUUAAGGCAAGUCGACAGGAUUUUAUCCUCCUAGCAUCACUGCUUGACCGCAUUCCCAAUCUUGCUGGUUUGGCGCGUACAUGUGAGGUUUUUGGAGCAUCAGGGCUAGCCAUUGCCGAUUCAAACAUCAUAAGCGACAAACAGUUCCAACUAAUCAGUGUGACAGCUGAAAAGUGGGUUCCUAUAAUAGAAGUCCCGGUAGAUAGCAUAAAGGCAUACUUAAAGAAAAAAAAGAGAGAAGGAUUCUCCAUCUUGGGUUUGGAACAAACCGCAAACAGUGUGCCCCUUGAUCAGUAUAUCUUUCCAAAAAAAACGGUCCUGGUUCUCGGCCGAGAGAAAGAAGGUAUACCCGUGGAUAUAAUUCAUAUUUUGGAUGCUUGCAUCGAAAUUCCCCAAUUUGGGGUUGUUAGAUCUCUCAACGUUCAUGUCAGUGGCGCUAUUGCUCUCUGGGAGUAUACUCGACAACAGAGAUCUCAAUAGCCCAUAAUUGUGAGUGUAAUUUUACAAGCCAAUUACAUUAUAUAUUCCAUAUUACAAAUUUUUGUUGUAUUCUACACUUUGAAAUAGUGGUUGAGGGUGUUGGACUAA